GUUGCUGAUACUCGCUGUUCUUGUAUUCAAUGUGGGGGUGGAAGGUGUUGCGUAGUUUAUUUUAAAAUAAAAAAAUACCUCAAGGUUGGAUUUAAAAGUUAGAAUGUCAUCGGGUAUUUGUGUUGUUAUAUAAUAACUUUUAUAUUAGUGCUUCUGGCGAUUUUGUAUCUCAAUAUCUUUAAAGAUGUCAAACUUCGAGAAAUGUCGUUACAGAAGACCGCCGAAUUCGCAUUUGAGGAGGGUAAACCCACUUUUCCAUAUUCAGAAUCAAGAGGCAGAUUCAAAGGAGCUGUCAUCUCAUAUAAUUAAACUUGCAUGGAAAACUGGUCGGUUAAAUCUAAGUGAUAGAGGACUUGCUUCAGUUCCAGAGAAGGUUUGGCAGAUAGAUCAGUUGGAUGAAGCAGAAGUUCGUCUACUUGAGGUUAGAAUGGACCGUGAUGUGGAUGGAGACAAAUGGUGGGAACAUGAACCACUAACAUGGCUUGAUCUGAGUUUAAAUUGCAUCACUGAAAUAUCUCCUAAAAUAAGGAAUCUUGUUACAUUAACUGUGUUAAAUCUUCACAAGAACAACCUGGACGGUGUUCCUGCAGAGCUGGGGUGCCUUACCAAGUUAACGUGUCUGAACUUGAGUCACAACAAAUUGCGCACGCUUCCACCAGCGUUCUUCAAGCUUUGCGAGUUACGUUCCCUUCAGCUCGCUCACAAUCAGUUGGAAGAUGUAACUGAUGAUGUAGGUGAUUUCAUCAUGCUUGAAAAUUUGGAUAUAUCGCACAAUUGCUUGAGUACCUUACCCCCUGGUAUUGGUUUCCUAACUCGUCUAACACAGCUAGACGCCUCACAUAACAAACUUGCAGAGAUUCCACCCGAUAUUGUCAGCCUCAGGGUUUUGUGUAAACUGGAUCUGAGUGACAACCAGAUAAACCUCUUGCCCCCGUUGGGCGAUCUGAGGAAGCUGGAAGUAUUGUUCCUUCAGCACAACAGGCUGGUCAAUCUCCCUGAUGUGACCGGGUGUUUGGCACUCAAGGAACUGCACCUAGCGGGCAACACUAUUAAGGAGAUUGAUGUUGAGGUGUUUGAAGGUUUGUCACGUUUGCGAGUCUUAAACCUUCGAGAUAACACACUUACGUCUCUCCCAGAAGAGAUCUCGGCGUUCCAGCUUCUGGCAAGGUUGGAUCUUACGAACAACCAUUUAACCAUGUUACCUGAUAGUUUGGGUUUUUUGCCUCAUCUGCAGAGUGUGCAGUUAGAAGGAAACCCUCUUCGUUCAGUUCGGAGAGACAUAAUUCAGUGUGGAACUACUCGACUUUUGAGAUUUCUCCGUGAACGUUUCAAAGACGAAGGAAAUGUUAAUACGGGAUCUGACAGCUUAAUUUCAGCAAAAGAAGUAAAAUUUCCUGACAGAUAUGUGAUGAGGAAUAGUCGAGCUUUAAGUCUAGCUAUGCAAGAACUUACAGAGAUUCCGGACUCUGUUUUCCAGGAAGCCGUGGAAGCCGAGGUUACUUCUGUUGACAUUUCCAAGAACAAGUUAAAAGAAGUACCUGUUGGGCUGAAGAGACUCACGAGUCGCAUCACAGAGUUGAACCUUAGCUGCAAUGCUCUGUCUGUACUUCCUUUUGAGCUGGGAUUGAGUGAAAACCUGCUGUACCUUGACUUACAGAAGAAUUCACUUGAAGACUUACCUCAGUCAUUUGAAAGUCUUUCAAGGCUAAGAGAACUAGUAAUAUCCUUUAACAAAUUUUCUGAAAUCCCUGACUGCGUGUACAAAUUAACAAGCCUUGAAAAUCUGAUUGCCUGUGACAAUCGUUUGACCGCGAUAGACGUAUCGGGAUUGUCGCAGCUGCGCAGGCUGGCCACCUUGCAUCUGGCCAAUAACGAUAUCAGUCAUGUGCCUCCAGAGCUGGGCAACAUGACACAGCUAAAGUGCCUGGAGCUGACUGGAAAUAGUUUCAGACAGCCUCGUCACGCGAUUUUAACCAAAGGCACCCCCGGCGUCUUGUCUUACCUGCGUGACCGAAUACCACAUAAUCAGCACUGAGUUACUGGAUUGGGAGCAUUUGUAAAUUAAUGUUGUGUUUCUACAGCACAAGAUUAGUUUCUGCAAAUAUAUCUUUUACUUUAGAAAUAUGGAUGAUGGUGGAAUACGUAAACCUUGGCAGCAGUGUAAAUAUUUUUAAAAGUUGUUUAUUCUGGCUAGAUGUGAGAGUGAAGAGGGUCUUACUCAUUGACUGAACAUAUAAAUUUGAUCUCCACAAAACUUUAAUAAUACGUUUAAGAUUUAUUGUGGACGAAAGGUUUUUUGAUAAAGCGAUAAUCUUGUUUCAAGGACUCUGUUGAUAUUGUCUGCUACUUUUAAAAUCUACUAGUAAAGUGAAGUAGAAACUGAAUGACAUGUGUUUGAGUGUAGUAUUAUUUAUCUUUUACUAUUGUUGAGUGUCUGAUAAUCAAGAAAGUACCAAUUUUGUGAUAAUAAUUAAUAACUUGAACAGAAUAUUUGUCUUAUAUGUUCAGUUUGAACUUUACACUGUAAAAUGUGAUUUGAGAAGAAUGCAAUAUUUGCUUUAAUUAAAGGAAACGUAAACUGUUAGGAAGAGAA